AUGUCUACGGCAGCAUUUGCUGCGACCAUCCCCCGCGCAAGUUCGACCGCGCCACACAGAUCCUCCGCAUACACCCCGCAGGCGUCUCAGCCGAGACCAAACACCACUGACGAUUACGAACGAUGGUAUACCGAAGCAUCACCUUCAAAUCGCAUGCUCCUGUCGCUGCGAUCAGAAAUAGACUCAGAGAUCUCUUGGGCUCUUGAUAGACUAUGCAGACUAUGCAACAACGAGCAGUUUCUCCUGCGUGCUAUCCCGGGACUGACAGACGCGCUUUUCGAAUGGCCUGUCUGGUAUGUCGAGGUAGGCUCGGCUCAACUCACACCGCCAGCAACCUUGUUUUCUCUUCCCCCGGAAUGGGACAGAAAGCGGCGGCACGCCCUGGAAUCGCUCUUCAUUCUGCGGAAUGCUGCAAUCAACGAACCGAACGCGCAAGAGCUCUCACAGCAUCGACGAACUCGGCCUCUCAUCUUGCUAGCUUUGCAUUAUAUACCACCGACCACUGAUGCGAACUCAGAAUUCAUAAUGUAUAUCAUCGAGAUACUGCAGGCCAUCUCUCCCACUCUAAUUUUGCCGCCUCCCGACGCACCUAAUCUUGCCAACCCGAUGUCCCCGUUGCGAGACAUCGCGGGGAAGUCUACAAAUCGCUCUCUCAUCGUCGCCGCUUUGACGACACUCAAUCUACUCUUGUCAAAUCCAGCCAACGUCGUUCACCUGACAGAAGACUCACCUGCUCUGGACGCAGCAGUCAGAUAUCUCCCCUUGUUUUCCGACAAGGCCCUUGUGGAGGCUUCUAUGAAUUAUCUGUACGCGCACCUUUCCCAUCCGCCAAUGACCAAGGCCUUCCUCCUUCAUCCACGAAUGCCAGGUACUCUCAGGGUCUUAGUAUCGUUGCUCCUCUCUGAACAGGUGGAGGAAACUGUGGCCUUGGACAUCAGCGGAUCGGUCCAGACUGUCCCUGCACAGACGGUCGCCGUUAAGGAUCAUGAGCUGACGCAUGAGGAGAUGGACAGACUGGUCGGUUUAUCAGAACCUCAGCGGUGCUAUGAAUGGAUGAGAACGAUGUUCCUGGCCAAGCCCGAGGGCGAAUUGACACAAGUUGAUUUUUGGAACUUGUACAAGGACGCCUUCACGCCCUACCAAGAUCGGUAUCAACUGCUUGUUGCGUCGGAUGUCAUCAAGAAUGUCAAUCUCGUUUUCCCUCAAGCGCAGGCAAUGGUCCUUCCAGGUCCGCCACAACGAUUCGUUGUGCGUGGUGUCGAUCGACGGAAAGAUCGAUCAGCUUUCGAACAACUCAGAUGUCGCUGGGAUACAUCACCAUGUGACGCUGGGCCGUUCGGGACAACAAGUGAGCUCUACGAACAUGUCUUAUUUCAGCACAUCAACCCGUACGAGGGCACCCAUGUUCCAUGUCAAUGGGCGUCAUGUCCACAUCCUCCACUUGAAAAAGCGCAUAUGCGCGGACAUGUUCUCACCCAUCUGCCUAAUGCUGAGCCCCCUCCCCGCGAUAUGUACCAAACUACAUUGAUCACCUUACCCUCCCCGAACUACCCAUACCCUAUGACCGACCCAACAACGCGUCCUCCUCCGCCUCCCCGUUCUACCACGAUCUCCUACAAGCGUCCAAUCGUCGAUCCAUCUUCAGCCGCUUUGACGGCGCUCCUCUGCAUCCGUGUGCUCUUCCGUGCAUCCUUUGCAUCGUCAGACGCUGCACCGCGUGCAGACGAAGACCACUUUGGCUUCCCGGGUAUCGUGGAGGAGACAGAGGAUUCCGAAAGCGCGAAACAAAUAAGUGCCGGAAAUGAGCAAGAGCGGGAGGGCCAACGGAGAGGGAGGAAGGCUUUCAUUUCGGUGAGGAACCUCAUGGAAGGCGUGAGAUUACGGGACGAAGCGUUGAUGGGAUGGAUCACGGAGAUGGUGGACGCGGGGAUCACUGGGACGACAUGACACUCGCAAGGUUUCUGGACGACGUUGCACGUCCUUGGAAUCACCUCUCGUAUGCUCGCCGGAGACAUUUAUCCAUCGAGGACGGAGGCGUCUACAUAUCAAAAUCAGCGGCGUCAAAUCUCACGGUGGGUUCGUGUUGUUGCUACUUUCUCUUUCGCGGAUGUAGAACAGAAUAGUGCAUCAAUGUGUCAUUGAGGGCGAUCAAUGUCCCGUGUAAUCUGAACGCGCGGGUGGGAUACGUCCGAUGCUGCGC